AUGCAGAGUCUUUCCAUCACUCCGGGUUUCAUUGUUAUUCUCUCCUCCCUCCUAAUUGCCACCCGCUUUCCAAGCGUGGUCAAUGGGGACUGCUGGCUUAUUGAAGGGGACAAGGGUUAUGUGUGGCUGGCUAUCUGCAGUCAGAACCAGCCACCGUAUGAGACCAUUCCUCAGCACAUCAACAACACUGUCCAUGAUUUGAGACUCAAUGAGAACAAGCUGAAAGCAGUGCACUUAAACUCCAUGUACCGCUUUACCAACCUCACAGACCUCAACCUCACCAAGAAUGAAAUUACCUACAUUGAAGAUGGUGCAUUUUCGGGACAAGCAAACCUUCAGGUUCUUCAACUGGGCUACAACAAGCUAACCAAUCUAACUGAGGGUAUGAUGAGAGGGCUCGGUCGCAUGCAGUGCCUAUUCCUCCAACACAAUCUCAUUGAGGUUGUUGCCAGCAAUGCAUUCUGGGAGUGCCCCAGUCUUAGCAGCAUUGAUCUGUCAUCCAAUAAACUUGCCCGCAUCGAUCCGUCAACGUUCACUGUUCUAAAUCGCCUAAUGGUUUGUGAACUGGCAGCAAAUCCAUUCCAUUGUGGCUGUGAUCUUUACAGCUUCCUCACCUGGCUGGAAUCCUUCAACAAUGUCACCCACACUUAUGAUCGUCUCCAGUGUGAGACGCCUCGGGAGAUGUUUGGUUUUCCACUACUAAGCCCCACUGCUGCCGGUCACGCUGGUCGAAACGCCAAAAAUAUCUUGUCCUCCCACUGCAGAGAUGGAGUGAUGAUUCCUGGAAUAACCUCUCUCCCACCAGACCUGGAUGGUCCGUCUGGAAUUGGUCCAGAGAUGUUUGGCGGUGUGGGACCUUACCAUCAGCCCAACACCUCCACAUCCAUAGAGAGCAGCUUCAUUCCCAGCAUCAAGCUCCAUCAGGUCUCUUUGUCCUCAGCUUCUCUCCUUGUCCAGAUUCCGAGGCCGUUCAGCAAAAUGUAUAUAUUAACACAAUAUAACCAAACUUUUGUGUCAGAUGUUAUGAAUCUGAAGAACAAAAAGGAAAUGAUCACCCUCAACAAGCUCAAACCACACACCAAUUACACUUUCUGUGUGGCAUCUGUCCGUAACUCCCAACGAUAUAACCACACGUGCCUCCAAUUUUCCACUCGUUCUCAAAAUCAAAACAACAUACUACCCACGCCAUCAACCACAACACACUAUAUAAUGACCAUUGUGGGUUGUCUAUUUGGCAUGCUUAUUGUUUUGGGCUUUGUCUAUUACUGUUUACGUAAGAAACGCAUGCAUGAUGAGAAGAAGAAGUCCAUCUGUGUGAAGAAAACAAUUCUGGAAAUGCGUUACGGACCGGAGGUGGCUGCAGCAGUUGCAAAGGAUCCAGCAGCCGCCCACAAGCUUCAGGAACACUCCAGAGAACACCACCAAUAUCACCACCACCAUGGAGGCAAGCUUCCUAUGUCUACAUCCUCUAGCUCUGGAAUGCUUCAUUCAGCAAACACUAGUUCCUCCAGACUUUCCUCUAUUCCACAAGUGGAAAAAAUGGCCACUGCCUUCUCAGAGGCCAUGACAAGCAAAGGAAACUAUAUGGAUAUCAGAAGUGGAGGGGCAGGGAUUGAGAGGCUCACUGGAGAUGGAGGACAUGUAGGUAGGAGGGGGGAAGACUUAAGGGAUGAUGAUGGAACAGAUGUUGGAGAUGAUUCAGAUGACGAUGGACAUGGUUCUGCAUCAGAGAUCUCAACUAUCGCCAUGGAGGUGGACAAAGUCAACCAGAUCAUAAACAACUGCAUUGACGCACUGAAACUGGAUGCAGCAGCUGUUGCAACUUCGGGCUCCACCCCAAAUCCUACACCAUCCUCCAAUCCUACCUCCCCACCCCCAAACAGCACCUCUGCUCUUACCCGGGGCUUAAUAACACUUUCUCAAGGGAUGAACGAAUCUUGCCAAGUCAACAAAAUUCCACCUCCGCCACCCCUCCCUGCUUUGAAUACUCCGCUUUCUGAGCGCCCAGGGAUCAGUGGUGGUGGAUUCGUUGUUACUCCUCCCUACAGACCACCUCCACCGGCCAAUGCUGUACGCCCCAUUCAGCGGCAAAUGAGUGCUGAUGCAGCUGUGGUGAUUGUAAAUGCUGUCAAGAAACAGAGCAGUACUGCCUCAUGUGGUUCUGUGGGUCGGGAAAGAGAACAUGGAGGGGCCCGCGUCUAUAGCCUCGAUGUUUCAGAGCCAAGAAGUCCAGAUGCCUGCAAUCAGCAACAGCAGUACCAAGACCGUGCAAGUCCUGUGGGCUGCGGGGAACCCCUGGAAAGACUGCCGUUAGUGGGAAGUAUGAGCUGCACUGGAGGGGGUGGUGGUGGUUGCGACAGUGGUGGUGUUGGUGCCCAACAUCAAGAAAACCAAAAUCCACACCAUUACCAUCAGCAGCAACAGCAGCAGUUGGAGGUGCAGCAGGACUACCACUGCUCAGAACACCGCCACUCCGUCCCAGCUCUUUACUAUGACGGCUCCCAUCAGGGGUCCCCAGCUCAGAGGGUUUCCUUCCUAAAGCCACUGUCACGCUCCCGAAAAGAUGCAGCAUCUUACUCCCAGCUAUCUCCAGCUCGCCACCAUUCCAGUUACUCUGGCUACUCCUCCAGCCCAGAGUACUCCUCAGAAAGCACAUUGAGGAUCUGGGAGCGCUUCCGCCCCUACCGUAAAGGCCAGCGUGACGAGGCCUGUUAUGUAACAGCUGGUAAUGCCCUCCGAAAAAAGGUGCAAUUUGCUAAAGGUGAGGACCUGCAUGACAUCCUUGAUUACUGGAAGGGUGUGUCAGCACAGCAAAAGCUUUGA